ACUCUCGACUCAGCUGCCAGUUCGCCUCUUGACGCGAAACCCGCGCGCAUCGCUUUUCCCUUGUUCCUUCUAAUACUUGUAAACUUGUUACGAUCCCAACUGGAUCUUUGCAAUUUAAUCUUCGCGUCCGCAGUAAACCUUACGUAACCUCGCGAAAAGUAAAUUCCUAGUGCACGGCAGUUUUAGCAUCGUUAAACUUUACGUACUCGUUAUCUUCACGUUCGUGUGUCUCUUCUCACCGUUAAUUAAAUCCAGGAACGCGAUUUAAGGGAGAAACGCGCAUCCCCAUUUACGGGACGAACCGAUCGAAGAUCUUGACCCGAGUGGAGGUCAGCGUCCACUUUUCCUCAUUUUGGAAAUCUCCAGGAGCAUCAUUGAUUAUCCUCGUUUGAGUUGUCCCUGAGUUGUCCAGAAUGGCCACCUACGCCGCUUAUAGGCAUGUCGAACUCGACAAUGUCGGCUAUGGGAAAAAGAGGGUACUGAAACCCCCUGGCGGUGGAAGCAGUGAUAUUUUCGGCGCUGCUCCCGAGGAAACGAGUCCUCGCCGGGUGAAGAAUCACAAUCAGUCCCAGCUGGGAUCGACGAUUUUUGGCGAGAACAAUAGCGGGAGCAACAACUGCUCCGAUACCCCUCGUGGCAACAAGCCUGGUAAUGAUUCAUACAAACGUCUGUUUGGUCCUCCCGAUGCUCCACCUACCCCAAACUCGAAAAAUCACAUGCGCAGCAAUAUCUCACUCUGCGGUGAGAGUUCGGCCAUUUCUUCUCCAGCUAGGAGCAUCGACUCCAACGGCACUCGUCACAACGGGAAUGCCCCUAGCAACGGCAUCAACGCUAAUUUCAUCGAUAAUACAGCUUUUAGGAGAAACAAACGAUUUCGAGGAUCGUCCUGCAUGCCACGUAACCCGGUCACCGGAGAUGGAGUUGACGUGACGCCAGUCAGGCGCAGCGCACGAAAAUGUAGAGAUGGUAACCCGGUAACUGGAACUGGAUAUUCACCGGACUCGCAGAACAACGGCACUCCGGUGCAAAAUGGACACGCUAACGCGAAUGCGAAUACGAACGGCGUGGAAAAGUCAUCAAACGAGACAUCGCCGGGUGCUGGAGGUGGAAGGAUGCAAGGACGUAAUCGCGUACCACCUGGUGGAUAUUCCUCUGGGCUGUGGUAAAGGCCGGAUAAAAUGACUUGACUCGUAACAUCAAAAAAGCAAAAACCAUUUUUAAAAAUUCCUCGCUUCAAAAUACACCUUGGCCUGUCGUUACUUUUUGAGAUUCCGAAAGACGUAUGAGACGAGGACAAGAUUAUUAUCUUAUGAGAAGAAAAAAAAAAAUAUUAAAAAAGUGUUGGCGAAAGGAUAGAAUAGCGGAAAGGAAUUAGACUCUAAAAGCAAACGAAA